AGAAAUGAUCACAGGAUGGUUGCAAGCUCCUCAAAAGCGCCCAGAGGCUAUAGCUACCCAGAAUUGGCAGCCUUUCCGAUUCGCAAAGACAUACUGGCCAUGGGCUCCGGAAGCGAGCAGCGAGAGCAGACGGUUGCACUGCUCAACCGCCCUACCAUCAAGGCAGAGGAGAUAUACACCAGCGACGGGUCUCUUGAUUUCGAAGGGAACCCGGCGCUGAAGCACCGCACAGGUGGAUGGCGCGCGUGCCGCUUCAUUCUAGGAACUGAGUUCUGCUACUGCCUGGCGAUAUUCGGGAUCGGGUGCAACCUCGUAACAUACCUCACCGCCGUCCUCGGCGAGAGCAACGUCGUCGCCGCCAGGAGUUUUUCCACCUGGGCGGCCACUUGCUCCAUCACGCCACUAGCUGGCGCCAUCGUGGCCGACUCCUACUGGGGAAGGUACCGCACCAUGGUUAUUGCCGGCUCCGUCGGCGUCGCGGGGAUGCUCAUGGCAGCACUCUCGGCGUACCUGCCGCUGCUCAUCAGGAACGACAUGUCGAACAUGGUGUCGGCUCAAGAGUUCAUCUUGUUUCUCGGUCUUUACAUGAUUGCCAUCGGAUCAGGCGGCCUCCGGCCGUGCCUGAUGUCUUUCGGCGCCGACCAGUUUGACGACGGCGACCCGUCUGAGUGCUCGGCGAAAGGCCCCUUCUUCAACUGGUACAUUUUCACCAUUAACUGCGCGUCGCUGGUAUCCAGCACCGGCAUCGUGUGGGUGGAGGACCACUAUGGGUGGGCGCUCGGCCUGACCAUGCAGGUUGCACUCCUAGCUGCCGGGCUCUCCGUCCUCGUUGCGGCAUCACAGACGUACAGAUUUCAUCGAACCCGGGGCAACCCGCUGACAAGAGUUUUCCAGGUCGUCGUGGCAGCCAUCAGAAAGUACAACGUCGACCUGCCGGCUAAUAGCUCUCUCCUCCACGAGCUGCCAGAAGACAAUCGCGCGAUGAAGGGAAUCGAGAGUAUAGAGCACACCACUGAUCUUCAGUUCUUUGACAAAGCCGCCAUUAUCACGACUUCGAAUAAGGAGGCGGAUGAGGCAGCAGUACCAGCGGCGCACAACCCAUGGAGGCUCUGCGCCGUGACUCAGGUGGAGGAGCUCAAGAUUCUUGUGAGGAUGUUCCCGAUUUGGGCGACCAUCGUCUUCUUCUAUGUUGUGUCGGCGCAGGUCUCGUCCACGUUCGUGGAGCAGGGAACGUCCAUGGAUGCCACCGUGGGCUCCGUGCGUGUCCCGCCCGCAUCCAUGUCCACCUUUGACGUGCUCACCGUCGUCGUCCUGGUCCCUCUCUAUGAUCGGUUCUUUGUGCCGGCAGCAAGGCGGCUCACCGGUAAGGAAAAGGGCGUCUCGGAGCUGCAGAGGGUCGGCAUCGGUCUCGCCAUGCCCGUACUCGCCCUGGCCGCUGCGGCGAUCGUCGAGACGGAGCGCCUCGACGCGGCGACGGCGGCGCCUCUUCUGCGGACGAAGAUAAGUCUGUUGUGGCAGGCUCCACAGUACGCGCUGGUGGGCGUGGGUGAGGUGCUCACCACCGUCGGGCAGCUCGACUUCUUCUACAGCCAGGCGCCGGUCGCGAUGAAGACCGUGUGCACGGCGCUUGGACUUGUUGCCGUAGCAGCCGGCGGCUACAUGAACUCGUGCCUACUGACGGUAGUGCAGUGGGCGACGACGACAGGAGGCUCGCCGGGGUGGAUCCCCGACGACCUGAACGAGGGGCGCCUGGAUCGAUUCUUCUGGAUGAUGGCCGGACUGGGCUGCCUGAAUCUGAUGGCGUUUGUGACCUGCGCCACGAGGUACAAAUCAAGGAAAGAUUGAUGCCAAAUAUGUGGCAGUAAUUCCGUCUUGUAUUGUAAGUCAUGUAUAGAGCAAUUCUCCUAUGAAAAAGACAGGCGAAUCUAAUCAUGUCACCGGCCAAUGUAAGAAUACCAAGUUGCAAAAUGCCAGUAGGAUUAUUCAAGCAAGCGGAAGUCACAUAAGACCAUAUGUAAAUACAUCUCACAAAUACUAUGUCUUGAAUAAACA